AAAAAAUGAAUAACAAAAACCAUAUUGAAAAACUCAACAAUCAUAAUUAUUUCUCAUGGAAAUAUCAAAUGGAGUUGACACUGAUCGCUGAAGAUCUAUGGGAAGUUAAAACUAACGAAGCCCCAGAACAACAAGGAAGAGCACUUAAUCGUUGGACAAAGAAAGACAACAAAGCCAGAGCUCUAAUUGGUUUGGCAGUUGAAAAGGAUCAAUUAGUUCACGAUGAUAAUAUUGAAAAUCAUAUGAGUCAACUCAUCAGUCUGUUCCAGAAAUUGGAAAAUCUUGGAGCUGCAACGGACGAACAAUGGAAAAUCGGUAUGAUUUUAGCCAGUCUACCAAAUAUCUUUGCUCCUUUAGUAACUGCUCUGGAAGCUCGUGAAGAACAAGAUCUUCCAAUGAACCUAGUACAAAUGGAAAUACUAGACGAAUACCAGAGACAACAAGAAUCAAUUGAUGAUGAUAAAAUUGUCGAAGAAUACACUGUCUAUCUGUGUAGAGAAGGUGUGAUCAACCAACGACCAGAAGAGACAAACAUCGAUGUUCGUCGACUAUGUCCAAGUGUGAGCAACCAGCAUGGUUUUAUGUCAAACCGAAACAUUCAAACGAAUUUGAUGGCCUUCACAAUUAAAGCAAAUGAAGCUUUUGAACGCAAAGCACAGUUGGAUGUCUUUUACGCGGACAUAAAGAAGGCCUUCGAUACUGUUAAUCAAUCCCUGCUAAUGCGCAAACUGGCCAAUUUCCCUCUUAGUAACCAAGUUCUUUCCUGGAUCAAGUCGUACUUCGCAGGACGCAAACAAUUUGUGCGUGUUGGAUCAGCAACAUCGGAUGCAUCUGAGGUUCCGUCGUCGGUUGGACAGGGAACAGUGCUUGGUCCACUAUUUUUCUCUGCAUUUUUCAACGACUCCGACUCUAAUGAUGAUCCAACAGUUUCUUUUAACUUCGCAGAUGACAAGAAGAAAUGCCACAUUGUAGUUAAACCAGAAGACUCAAUCAUUUUGCAAGAGAGCAUUGACAAAUUUCUAUCAUGGU